UGACGUCACUGUGAAAGCAGGAAUUGUUGGUCGCUUUGUAGUGUUUUAUCUGGCGGAGGAAUUUUAUUAUUAUUAUAAUCGUUAAUUAUGAUAUAAAUGUAGGAAACUAUCAAAUAAUAACCUGAAACAUGUCUCAGGAUCUCUGGCUACAGAAUUAUGAUGCGACCUGCCGGUUGGCUCAAGAGGUUGCCGAGACCAUCCAUGAAAGAAACAGACAGCAGAGAACCGGCGGAAAUCCAGCUAAGCUGAACAUGACGUUGCGAGCGUCUCUGCAGAAGCUGAAGCAGAACAUCACACAGCUGAAGGAGACUCUGGCUCGAGCCUCGGCCCAGAGACGCAUUAUGCAGUCUGAAGCUGAUCGGCGACAAAACCUGGUGGAUGAUUUGAUGACCAGAGAAAAGCAGCUUCUGGCCUCAUUUAAUCAAACUGACCCUGAACCAUCACGGUCGAUGUUGAUGACGGGUGGAUUUGGGGCGGGGCCAACACACAACCCAUGGCUGGUGAACGAAUCAGAAGAGACAAGAGGACUCACCUUUAGUGAGAUCAAACAGCAACAGCAACAAAUUGUCCAAGUUCAGGAUGCAGGAUUGGACGUGCUAGCAGAAGUGAUUAGCCGACAGAAGCGCAUGGGACAGGAGAUCGGAAAUGAACUGGACGAGCAGAACGAGAUCAUUGAUGACAUCACACAGCUGGUGGACACCACGGACAACCGCGUCCGAAAUGAGACACGCAGGGUACAACUGGUGGACAAAAAAUCAGCAUCAUGCGGGAUGAUGGUGGUGAUCGUCCUGCUCCUCAUUGCCAUCGUGGUGGUUGCUGUUUGGCCGACAUGAACAGAGACCUUAAAGCAGAUUCAGAUUUGACACACAAUAAAAACUGGUUGAACACACACACACACACACACACACACACACACACACACCUGGUUUAUUUUAAUUUUUUCAUUGGUACCACUUUAAUAAACAUUUUAUUGAAGAAA